GGAGCAGAGGCGCCUGAGCCGACCCAGAAACCUCCAGCUCCACGCCGAAGCGCACAUCCGAACCCUCCGGCAUGAAGGCGUCCGCAGCCCUGCUGUGCCUGCUGCUUGCAGCCGCCGCCCUCAGCACCCUGGUGCUCUCCCAGCCAGAUUCCGUUUCCAGCCCGGUCACUUGCUGCUUCCAUAUGUGCAGUAAGAAGAUCCCCAUCCAGAAUCUGAGGAACUACACCAGAGUCACCAACACCCAGUGCCCCCACGAAGCUGUGAUCUUCCUGAGCAAAAAGAACAAGGAAAUCUGUGCUGACCCCAAAGAGAAGUGGGUCCAGGAUUCCGUGAAGUACCUGGACAGCAAGUCCCAAGCUCGGAAGCCUUGAGCCCUCACACCUGCGUGGAGAGACCGCCAGCACCCUGGACAAUCUUAUUUAUUUUCCCCUCAACCUUCCCCAGUGCAGAGAGCUAUUAUUUUAUGCGAAUGUACAAAAGGACUGCUUUGGUGAAUCACUUAAAGCACAACCUUUCCUGAAUGAUAUUUAAUUAUAUUUAAGUUAUUGAUGUCUUGACUUUCUCUGCCACACAUCCUAACACAUGCACAGUCUGGCGACGUGUUUUCUGUGCUGCGAGCUCCGCCGAGUUCAUGACGACGCACCUGUC